AUGCCUGUCGUAGCUUCAGUUGUUCUGCGUCUGCUGCACUGUCUUUACACGGUAGUCACGUUGCUGGCCUCCGUUCGCUACCGCUUCAGCAGGCAACCACACUCCCUCCUAGCGCAUCGUCGCAAAACUCCACAGCACCUAGCAGUCGUGCUUGCAUCGAAUACAGAAGAAAACUUGCAAGCUACGGUCACUGCCUUGCUCAAUACCGUUGAAAAUGCGGCUACCUGGUGCCGUGCCGCUCGUAUUCCUAGGUUAACGGUCUAUGAUCGCGAAGGACUUCUUGUGGAGCGGGUGUCGGACAUCCGUGGACGAAUUGUAUCCGCUUCAUGUGACGAACAAAUGGACCAGAGCAAUCACGAAAUAGCGUAUCCUCUUACACCCCCUCUCUCUGAUUCCUCUGACUCAAGGCCUUUGUCACCUGAUCACUUCGAGCUGGGACUUCAUCUUCGCGUGAUGACCAUCACAUCUGGUGGUAUACCCGCUCGAAAACUUCAGGUUCCGAAGUUCGGCGUCAAGAGGCGGUAUUCCGCAGGUGGGAUGCUUCCGCAAGCUAACCUGCGCUAUAUCGUUAAUCUCGUACUAGUCAGCAAAACAUCUCAAGGAGCACAUCCUUUGACGGUGCAUAUUGUCUCUGCGCAUGGCUCGAAACCGGCUAUAGUCCAGAUCGCGCGUACCUUCGGCGAACGAAUGAGUCAGGCAUCGACUGGGGUGGAAAGAUAUUCUUCCGAUUCGCUCUCUGUUGAGACAAUACAAAAUAUCCUUGAAGGUCCUCACGGGUUACCACCACCGGACCUAUUGAUUGUACACAAUGUAUACGGCAACAGGGCUCCUCGUACUCCCUUGGAAUUGCACGAGUUUCCGCCAUGGCAGAUCAGGCUGACAGAAUUCCACCACGAGAUGUUUAGGACACCGAACUGGCUAAGUCCAUGGAGGGCGCCUUGUCCCACGUCGUUGACCGAGUUGGAGUUCCGGACGGCACUCGACGAGCCGAACGACAAAACAGAUGGCGCUUUCUGGCUAACGUUUUCUCAAGCUGCACCGCGCAAGGCAUUCAUUCUUACCAGUGGGCGCUCCCCUGCUACGACCUUGAAGAGCUCAUCCACUCCCCUGAGCCGACGCACACAUCCUGCUGACCGCGACGAUGUCCGCCGACCAAAGUGUCCCUCCGCCUCAUCCAAUAGGUCAAACUCUAAGGGACAGUAUUUCAAGCGCGUCAUCGUCUGCUGCGAUGGUACGACAAAAGGUGCUGUGGGUGCCCACCUAGCAUCAAAGGUACAGGAAGCCUAUUCUUUCAUCGCACACAACUAUCGUCCAGGCGAUGAGAUAUUCCUCUUCGGAUUUUCGAGGGGUGCUUACACCGCUCGUAUGGUGGCAGCUAUGAUUGGAGAGAUAGGCGUUCUUGACCGCACAGAUAUGGAUCAUUUUGCUUCGGUCUUCAUGGCGUUUCAGAAGCGCGGCAAAGAGAAAGAUCCUGAAGGAAAUAUCGCAGAGAUCGCAAAGUUGGACAAGGAACUGCACCCUUGGGUACAGCACAAUUCCCCUGGGAAGCUCAGAGCGGACUCCGAUGAGCACUCCUUCUCUAUCAAAUGUGUCGGCGUCUUCGACACUGUCGGAAGCUAUCACGCCAUGGCCUUGAACGAAACCCGCGAGGACUUCAACGUCUGCAAAUUCGAGCAAACACCUGGAGGCCAUUCUAAGGGGCAAAAACUAGACCAGAUUGGCGGUGGUUGGCAAGAACACGAUCUCUCCGAUUUGACUCUGUGGUGGAUGGUCUCUAAAAUUCAAGACAUUAUUGCUGUCGACGCCCGCUAUUUAACCUCGCUUGUCGACCCUGUCGCUCCAUGGGGACAACUCCCUCCUCAUGACCCCCGGACUGGUAUCAUGAAGUUGACGGACACUGUGACUCGCACGCUUCCGACGUCCACGAACGAUGUCACGCACGAGAAGAUUCACCUUUCGGUGUUGCAUCAGUCCCAUUUAAUGCCCGCUUUAAAGCAGAAUAUCGACGCAAAUCCUGCGUUGGUAGCAGAGCUUACGCAACUGGAGGCCGAGUUGAAACACUACUGGCCAUUUGUGCCGGGCACACACCUACCUUACAUGCCGCAAGGGGUGAAGAAACAUGGUGACGACCGCGUGGAAAUGGCACUUGCCAGUGUGUUCGAAAAGGGCGUCAGCAUAGGUACUUCCAUAUCUAACUGA